AGGGGGCCGGGAGGCGGGGGCCGGAGCCGGAGGGGCGCGCGCCGCAUUAACCCUCCAGUCGCCGGACCAAGCCGAAGGCGCUGCCCGAGCCGCGGGCGCUGGAAAGGCUGUCGGCGCGGCGGCGGCGGCGGGCAGGCGCGAGCCGGGAGCCGGGCGCUCGGGCGGGCGGAGCGCAGCGCGGGGACGAGGCGGAGCGGGGCCCGUGGCACCGCCGGCCCGGGUCGACAGACAGGUGUGCCGGCGCCGCAGCUCCAGCCGCUUCAGGCCCGGCCCGCGGUCCGGAGCCGGCAGCCGCUAGCCGAGGACCCCGCGCCCUCAGUCCAGUUCCGGCCCCGCCCGCACUCAGCUUGGCAGCGGGGUGCGGAGACCACGGCCCGGCCAGGCCACCCGAAGCCUAGUGCUGGGCCGGGCCGGGCCAGGGUGGGUGGGGGCCCGCCCGGCCCGCCCAUGGGCUCAGGAUGCCGGUGCGGAGGGGCCACGUCGCGCCGCAGAACACCUUCCUCGACACCAUCAUCCGCAAGUUUGAGGGCCAGAGCCGCAAGUUCAUCAUCGCUAACGCCCGCGUAGAGAACUGCGCCGUCAUCUACUGCAACGACGGCUUCUGCGAGCUGUGCGGAUACUCGCGGGCCGAGGUGAUGCAGCGGCCCUGCACCUGCGACUUCCUGCACGGGCCGCGCACGCAGCGCCGUGCCGCCGCGCAGAUCGCGCAGGCCCUGCUGGGCGCUGAGGAGCGCAAAGUGGAGAUAGCCUUCUACCGGAAAGAUGGGAGCUGCUUCCUGUGUCUGGUGGAUGUGGUGCCUGUGAAGAAUGAGGAUGGAGCUGUCAUCAUGUUCAUUCUCAACUUUGAAGUAGUGAUGGAAAAGGACAUGGUAGGGUCCCCAGUUCGUGACACCAAUCACAGGGGGGCCCCCACCGGCUGGCUGGCCUCUGGUCGAGCCAAGACCUUCCGCCUGAAGCUGCCUGCCUUGUUGGCGCUGACUGCCAGGGACUCAUCUGUGCGGACAGGAGGCAUGGGCAGUGCUGGAGCCCCUGGGGCAGUGGUGGUGGACGUGGACCUCACGCCUGCAGCGCCCAGCAGUGAGUCCCUGGCCCUGGAUGAGGUGUCUGCCAUGGACAACCAUGUGGCAGGGCUUGGGCCUGCAGAAGAGAGGCGGGCUCUGGUGGGCCCAGGGUCUGCUUCGCCAGCGGCCAGUGUCCGAGGCCCUCACCCAUCACCAAGAGCUCAAAGCCUCAACCCUGAUGCCUCAGGUUCCAGCUGCAGCCUGACCCGGACACGCUCCCGAGAAAGCUGUGCUAGCGUGCGCAGGGCAUCCUCCGCCGAUGACAUCGAGGCAAUGCGGGCUGGGGCACUGCCCCCUCCACCCCGUCAUGCUAGCACCGGGGCCAUGCACCCCCUGCGCAGUGGCCUGCUUAACUCCACCUCAGACUCGGACCUCGUGCGCUAUCGCACCAUUAGCAAGAUCCCCCAAAUCACCCUCAACUUCGUGGACCUCAAAGGCGAUCCUUUCCUGGCUUCACCCACCAGUGACCGGGAAAUUAUAGCUCCCAAGAUAAAAGAGCGGACCCACAAUGUCACGGAGAAGGUCACCCAGGUUCUGUCCUUGGGAGCCGAUGUGCUGCCUGAGUAUAAGCUGCAGGCCCCAAGAAUUCACCGUUGGACCAUCCUGCACUACAGCCCCUUCAAGGCUGUGUGGGACUGGCUCAUUCUGCUGCUGGUCAUCUACACGGCCGUCUUCACACCCUACUCGGCUGCCUUCCUGCUGAAGGAGACUGAAGAUGGGUCCCAAACCCAUGACUGUGGCUAUGCCUGCCAGCCUCUGGCCGUGGUGGACCUCAUCGUGGACAUCAUGUUCAUUGUGGACAUCCUCAUCAAUUUCCGCACCACCUAUGUCAACGCCAAUGAAGAGGUGGUCAGCCAUCCUGGUCGCAUCGCCGUCCACUACUUCAAGGGCUGGUUCCUCAUUGACAUGGUGGCUGCCAUCCCCUUCGACCUGCUCAUCUUUGGCUCUGGCUCUGAGGAGCUGAUCGGGCUGCUGAAAACUGCGAGGCUGCUGCGGCUGGUGCGUGUGGCUCGGAAGCUGGACCGCUACUCGGAGUACGGAGCAGCGGUGCUCUUCCUGCUCAUGUGCACCUUCGCGCUCAUUGCGCACUGGUUGGCCUGCAUCUGGUACGCCAUUGGCAACAUGGAACAGCCUCACAUGGACUCACGCAUUGGCUGGCUGCACAACUUGGGCGACCAGAUCGGCAAGCCCUACAACAGCAGCGGCCUGGGCGGCCCUUCCAUCAAGGACAAGUAUGUUACAGCACUCUACUUCACAUUCAGCAGCCUCACCAGCGUAGGCUUCGGCAAUGUCUCCCCCAACACCAAUUCAGAGAAGAUCUUCUCCAUCUGCGUCAUGCUCAUUGGCUCCCUCAUGUAUGCCAGCAUCUUCGGCAACGUGUCCGCCAUCAUCCAGCGGCUGUACUCGGGCACGGCCCGCUACCACACACAGAUGCUCCGGGUGCGGGAGUUUAUCCGCUUCCAUCAGAUUCCUAACCCACUACGCCAGCGCCUCGAGGAGUACUUCCAGCACGCCUGGUCCUACACCAAUGGCAUCGAUAUGAAUGCGGUGCUGAAGGGCUUUCCUGAGUGCCUGCAGGCUGACAUCUGCUUACAUCUCAACCGCUCCCUGCUGCAGCACUGCAAACCUUUCCGAGGGGCCACUAAAGGCUGCCUGCGGGCCCUGGCCAUGAAGUUCAAGACCACACAUGCACCACCAGGGGACACAUUGGUCCACGCUGGGGACCUGCUUACUGCCCUCUACUUCAUCUCCAGGGGUUCCAUCGAGAUCCUGCGGGGUGAUGUCGUGGUGGCCAUUUUGGGGAAGAAUGACAUCUUUGGAGAACCUCUGAACCUGUAUGCACGUCCUGGAAAGUCCAAUGGGGACGUGAGGGCCCUGACCUACUGUGACCUGCACAAAAUCCAUCGUGAUGACCUGCUGGAGGUGCUGGACAUGUACCCUGAGUUCUCAGACCAUUUUUGGUCUAGCUUGGAGAUCACCUUCAACCUUCGAGAUACCAACAUGAUUCCAGGCUCCCCCGGCGGCAGCGUGGAACUAGAGAGCGGCUUUAACAGGCAACGCAAGCGCAAGCUGUCAUUCCGCAGGCGCACAGACAAGGAUACAGAGCAGCCAGGGGAGGUGUCAGCCUUGGGGCAAGGCCCUACCCGAGUCGGGGCAGGGUCAAGUUGCCGGGGGCAGCCGGGAGGGCCAUGGGGGGAGAGCCCAUCUAGUGGCCCCUCCAGCCCAGAGAGCAGUGAGGAUGAGGACCCAGGUCGCAGCUCCAGCCCCCUCCGCCUGGUGCCCUUCUCCAGUCCCAGGCCCCCCGGAGAGCCCCCAGGUGGAGAGCCUUUGACAGAGGAUGGGGAGAAAAGCAGUGACACCUGUAACCCCCUGUCAGGUGCCUUCUCUGGGGUGUCCAAUAUUUUCAGCUUUUGGGGCGACAGUCGGGGGCGCCAGUACCAGGAGCUGCCUCGAUGCCCUGCCCCAGCCCCUAGCCUCCUCAACAUCCCAUUGUCUAGCCCUGGCCGGCGUUCCCGGGGCGACGUGGAGAGCCGGCUGGAUGCACUCCAGAGGCAGCUGAACAGGCUGGAAACCCGGUUAAGUGCAGACAUGGCCACUGUCCUACAGCUGCUACAGAGGCAAAUGACACUGGUCCCUCCCGCCUACAGUGCUGUGACCACCCCUGGGCCUGGCCCCACAUCCACAUCCCCUUUGCUGCCUGUCGGUCCCAUCCCCACUCUCACCCUGGACUCGCUUUCUCAGGUUUCCCAGUUCAUGGCGUUUGAGGAGCUUCCUGCAGGAGCCCCAGAGCUCCCCCAAGACGGCCCCACUCGACGCCUCUCCCUGCCCGGCCAGCUGGGGGCCCUCACUUCCCAGCCCCUGCACAGACAUGGCUCAGACCCAGGCAGUUAGUGAUGCUGCCCAUUGCGGACACAUGGCUCACCCAGGGUUCAGGGCAUUGCCUGACCUCUUGGAGACCCUGGUUUGGAGGGGAGAACAGUGCAGGAGCAGCUUCUCCCUUUCCCUUGGGACCAGCGUCUCCUCCUGCAAUACCCUGGGCCCCACUGGGAGGGCCAGGGGAAGAGCUGGGCAGUGGACUGGGGGUCUGUGGUCCCCCCACUGCCCUGGGGGCAUUAGCUGGUCUAACUGCCCGGAGGCACCCGGCCCUGGGCCUUAGGCACCUCAAGGACUUUUCUGCUAUUUACUGCUCUUAUUGUUAAGGAUAAUAAUUAAGGAUCAUAUGAAUAAUUAAUGAAGAUGCCGAUGACUAUGAAUAAUAAAUAAUUAUCCUGA